GAUUCGAUGGGGAAGAAUGGAACCCAGCUUUUACGUCAUUGCGUACAUAUUCUUGUUCGAGUUACGAGUGAUCUCUUUGCCGUGAGGCUCUCAGGCAUUGGAAAGACUGUGAAAGAAAAGGUUUGUGCACACACGAGCCGUGAUAUCCGUGCCAUUGCAAGCCAGCUUGUUAAUGUGUGGUUGGAACUUUACCGGAAAGAAAAAGCUAAUAGGGAAAUGAAAUCAUUGAGAAGAACAAAUCCUACAAAUAUCUCUAGAAUAAGAAGAAAACAGAAUAGUGAGGAUGCAGACAGUAGGGGGAAUCUGAGCAAUGGUAACGAUAUGACAACAGAUGGAGAGAUUGAGGACAACCAGCUACCUAUGUCAGAGGAAGAAAAAGCUGUGUUUGCUACAGCUGAGGCUGCUCGUGUAGCAGCUGAAGCAGCUGCGAAGGCAUUUUCUGAGGCCUAUCAAAGUACUUCAUUGCAGCUUCCUAAGAUUCCCUCGUUUCAUAAAUUUGCGAGGCGAGAACAGUACGCAAAAAUGGACGAAUCUGAUUUCAAGAAAAAGUUUCCAGGCAACGUCUUAGGAAGACAAGAUUGUAUGUCAGAGAUAGACUCUAGGAACUGCAAAGUUCGGGACUGGUAUGAUUUCCCUGCCUCCUGUCUUGACCCUGACAGUUCAAGGGUUCAGGUCGAUAACUGUUCACAGCGUAGCCACUCGAAUGAGCUUGGGUCUCAUUCAAAGUUCAGAGAAUGUUCUAGAGAAAGUGCGGCUGCGGAAACCAGUGUUUUUACCGGGGCGUGGGUUGAUACUGGCGGUAGUAGCGAUGGUGUCAAGGAUUACAAUGCUAUAGAUAGAUGGCAAUCUCAAGCUGCUGCUGCUGAUCCUGAAUUUUUCAAUCGUGCCUUACAUAUGAAGGAUGAAGAAGGUUCGAUUGCAUGUUCGACGGGUCCUCCUAGUUGGAAGCAUGACCAACCCGCGAAUGAAGGUUCUAUGUCACAGGUCACAGUGAAUAAAGAGCCACGUAAAAGUCAUAUCAGGGGUGCAGAUCGUCUGAAACAAGGGGUUGUAGAUUUUGUUGCAUCAUUGCUUAUGACCCCUUAUAAAGCGAAGAAAAUUGAUAGAGAUGUAUACAAGUCAAUAAUGAAGAAGACAGCAACAAAGGUAAUGCAGCAAACAACAGACGCGGAGAAAGCCAUGGCUGUUCCCCAAUUCCUUGACUCAAAGCGGAAAAACAAGAUUCGUGACUUUGUGGACAAACAAGUUGACAAGUACAUUGCGAUGGCUAAAGUUGCAAAACCUUGA